AUGGACCACCACCACCGCGGAAACGCCAACACGAGUCACCAAACGUUGGCAAAUACUUUAGAAGAGCUCGGGUUUCGAGGUCAGCUUCCCAGCCAGUGGGUCCCGAUGGUUGCCGAGCUUGCGGAAGCGUUAAUUGCCGAACGCGACGCGACGAAGCUUUUAUCCGCGGAACUGUUGGACGCGAGGGAGAAAGCGAGCGAAAGCGCAAAGUCGAGAGAAGCGGUGGAGCUUUUGAAAGCGCACGCGAGAGACGGGAAGACGAAAGACGAGUUGGUAGAGACAUUAUUCGAGAGAAUAGACGAGUUGACGGAUAGGUUAGAGGAGACGGAACGGGGUGAUCGGACGAGAACAGCUGCUUCGACGACGAACAGAGCGGAGGAAACGCGGGAAGAGUUGAACGCAGUCCGGGAGGAGAUGGAGCAGCAAAAACGGUUAGCGAAUCGCUACGCAGCAGAGAGAGAUCAUCUUAUGCGAGCAAAUGAACAGUUGACGAUGACGCUAGAGUCGAGAGAAGCAUUUGAUGCGCACGGAGAUGUAGAAGGGUACGAGAUUGCGCUGAAAACGUCCAGGGAAGAGAAUAAAUCUUUACGAGAAGACGUCGACCGCUUGAAGGCGACGAUCGACGGGUUGGACGCGCAGCGCUUGGAUUUAGGUGAAAAAUUUAAACGAUCGCACGAAACGUUGAAAGAGGCGGAGACGAGAGCGAAAAAAGCGGAAGAGGAGUUGCAAAUGAUCGCAGAGGCACAACAAAACGGACAAACUACGCCGAGAACGUCUUUCCUUUCUUCUGAACUUUUACGAAAGAAUGGGAAGAACACGGAUGCGGAUCAUCUCGCCAAGGCGCUCGAAAUCGAACGCGAUCGCUUACAACAAGAGUGCGACGCGUUAACGGAAACCUUGGCAGAAUCCGAGGCGCGAGUUCAAGCCGUUGUAAACGAAUGCCAAAUGGCGAAAUCGUCCGAAGCGAAAGCCGUCCGCGAAAGGAGUGCGGUUGAAAAGCUGCGUCAACAAGAAAUCGAUAAGGCACAUCAAUUAGAUCGUUCGCUCGCGGAUGCUUUAGAGGAUGCGAAGAGUGCGAGAGAGGAAACCAAACAACAUAGAGAAGAGUUGCGCUUUGUCGCGGAGGAUUUAGUCGCAAUGACGAGAGAACAACAAAGCGUAAACGACGAUUACCUUCGAGCGUGCGCGGAACGUGAUCGCGCGUGGAAAGAUUUGCGGCACGCCGAAAGAGCUUUAGAAAACGUAGAGGUAAAUUCAGUGUCAACUGCAAAAGAACUCGAAGAUGUUGCCAGGGCGUAUAGAGAACUUGAAGGAGAACAUAAAUUAGCCGUGAGAGAGUUAUCGGCGACGUCCAGCGAUAACCAAAAGUUAGAGAAGGCGUUGCAACAAACUGAAGAUGGUUUGAGAGCAGCGAAAGAGCGAUCGAGAGUUUUAGAUUCCGAAAACAGAGCUUUGAGCUCGGAAGCGAGAAAUUUGGAACGCAGAGUUUCGCAGCUCACGAAAGAACUCGAGGAGAUGUCAUCUUCUACCGCUUCGACGCAAACGCGAAAAGGAGGGAAAACUGGAGAAGAUUUCGCACCGAAUGGGUUAGGAUCUCUUUCAGAGCAACUUGAAGAAGUUACAAAGACGUGCGAAGACUUGAAGCGUCAAAACGAAAGAUACCGCAAGCAGCACGCGGAAGUUGAAUCCGAAUUCCGCACGUUGCGCAACAAGUUGGAGGAGUCCUCGCAAGAACGGGAUCGGUUGAAAUUAAGGACAAAGUUAGAAUCAAAUCGCGCGGAGGAACUCGAAGGUUUGUUAGCAUCCACGCGCGCGAGAGAGUACGACUUUUCUAUGACAAAUGAAGAUGACUCUAAACGCUUAAAGCUUUUAAAAGAGCGAGUCGAUGCGCUUAGUGAAGAUAACGAACGAUUGACGAGUCGUUUGGAGGCGGCUAACGCGACGAACGCGCAGCUCUCGAACGAGCUGGAAAAUAUCAAACCGAACAGUAGUGUGAACCCGAAGAACACAAAAGAUUCAGAGUCACAAACACUCAACGCGGCGAGAAAUUUGGCAAAAUCGCUCGCACACUCAGAAUCAGUCGUCGUCGAGCAGCAACGCCGUAUGCGAGAAAUCAUGGAGGAGACGAAAGAUUUGCGAGAACGCGUGGAAGAAGCGGAGAAUCGGGCAGCUUCGGCAGCCUCGUUCGCCAAGCAAGCCGAAAACAAGUCCAAGCGAUCCGCGGCGAGAGAAUCAGAGUUGCGCGUGCAGUUACAAGGCGCAUUUGAAGACUUGCGUCUCGCGAGAGAAGCAUCCAAAAGAUUUGCGGAUGAAAACAGUGGUUUCGCGGCCAACGGCGAGGAAUUUGAAACGCUCAAGCGAUCUCUUGAAGAGGCACUCGAGGAGAAAGAAAAGUUGGAGAAAGCGUUGUCUGCUCACGUGAGAAGGUCAAACGACCUCGGCGUGAUGCAUGAUGCGAACUCGAAACAAAUGAGCGACUUGAGAACGCACGUCGAUCGAUUGGAUGCGCUCCUGAGAGACCGAGACCGAGAGUUACUCGAGGCGCGAGCGAGACAGAGCGAACUACUCGAGGAAUUCAACCAAUCCAAACUGUUUAGUAACAAAUCAUCCUCUCCAUUUCAGGAUUUUGGCAGUUCGGAUGAUCUCGUGAAUCAAGGCAUCGAUGAUGAUACAAAACGUGCGGCGUUCGAAGCGCUCGCGCGUUCGGUCCGAGAACCGGUGGACCAGUCGCCAUUAGGUGUCCGAGACUUUGUCCAAGCUAAAUUAAACAUGGACAAUGAUGAUAGUAACACCGCAACCAAUAUCAAUAAGAACGACGAAGACUUAGAGCACCUCGAAGAACUUCGAUUAGAGAAUGAACUGUUGCGUCAAGAGAACGAUAAGCUUUCUCGAGAGCUCGAUGGCACCGAAGAAGCCACGGAGGAGAUGCACGCGCAGCUGCAAAAAAUAAGCGACGAUUACAACGCGUUAGCAAAGACUUUAAACGAAACUUUGAACGUAGUCCCUUAG